AUGGACUCUCUCUUCAUCCCAUCUGUUGAACCGCGGACGGCGGCAAUCGUCGCGACAACCGUCGUCGCCACGCUCUCCUUCUUAUCUCUUGCCCGGCUCGGCCUCUAUCCCAAUUGGGGCACCGCCAUCCCUAACCCUCUCAAGACCAAACUAUCCAAGCUCUCGGGCGACGAGGUUAAAAAGCUUCCUUACCGACCAGACUCCUUCCCGGGUGCACGGGAUGUUGAAACGCCUUACGGCUCCAUUCGGGUCUACGAGUUCGGCCCCAUUACUGGUCCUAAGGUCGUUCUUAUCCACGGGAUCAGCACCUCGUGCAUGACCCUCGGCCGCAUCGCCCACGCCCUUGCUGCCCGGGGCUGCCGCGUCAUGAUGUUUGACCUCUUCGGCCGUGGCUUCUCCGAUGGCGUCGGCGACCUCCCGCACGACGCCCGCCUGUACACCACUCAGGUACUCCUUGCCCUCGCCUCCUCCCCGCUCGCAUGGUCCGGCACCAACUCCGUCCGGGUGAUCGGCUACUCCCUGGGUGGCGCCGUCGCCGCCUCCUUCGCCGCCGCGUUCCCGCAUAUGGUCGAGAGCCUCGUGCUACUGGCACCCGCCGGACUCAUCCGCGUCGAGAACUUUGGCCUCCUCGCCCAGCUAACGUUCCAGUCGGGCCUCGUCCCCGGACGGAUUCUCGCCGCCGUCACGCGCAAGAGGCUGCAGCGGCCGCUGGCGCGCAAGCGUUCCAACGCCGCUGCGGAGGAGGACGACCCGGCGGAAAAGUUGGUCGACGUUGCCGCCGCCGAGGUCUCAGGGCCCGGCGGUGAGGACGUGCAGGUCGAGCGGCGGGCGCGCGAAUAUGUCUCCUGGAUGGUGUCCCACCACGAGGGUUUCGUGCCGGCCUUCAUGUCGUGCAUGCGGUGGGCGCCGCUAACGGGCCAGGACGAGACAUGGCGCGCGCUGGGUAGGCGGGCGAAGGGGACGACGGCUGUGUUCAUUGGCAGGACGGACGAGAUCAUCGACCUCGAGCACUAUGCCAAGGACGGUUUGCCGUUGUUGGGCGGCAAGGAUAACGUAGUGUGGAAGGAGCUCCCUGGCGGUCACGACUUCGUCAUGACCAAGACGGAUUUCAUCAUGCGUGAGCUAGAUGCGCUAUGGGGGCUGGAGACGCAAUCGUGA